AUGAAUUUCCUAGCCCUUCUCAGCUCUCUCAUUUUCUACACCGAAGCAUUCAAACUUUCCUUCUACAAGAACACAAACUGCGCAGGAGAAUUUGUGGGUACAUGGGUUGGGGGAGAAGGGCAAGGCUGCCGCCAGGAAUAUUCUGGCCUCGCUGAGGGAGUCGUUGUUCAAUCUACCGGACCAGUCGAUGAUUUUACAACCGUACAAUUCUAUAGCUCUGACGACUGCACUCCCGGAACAGAAAUGACUCGAGCCAAUGUCGGAUGUCUUACGGUUGACCAAGGUGUUGUUGGUGCGUACAAUUCGUUCCAGGUUGUGUCGACCAACUCACUAGCCGCACGUUCCUCCAAACGUCGCACUCUUGGCCAACGUCGACACACUUUUCCAUUCCCGUCUGCCGCUGCAAAGACCCCUUCGACUCCAAUCGUAUACCAUGGAAUGGGUAUAUCGUUUGAGGGCAUCGAGUAUAAGUUGCAUCAGAUACAUGCCAAUGGAUAUAUAGGAAUCUUACCCAAUGAGUGGGACGAUGCAAUCCAUGUCAUGAACAAUGCCGAGCUGGUCCCUGACAAUCUUGUGCGAAACCUCACAAUCCGAGAAGUCGACGAACGUGACUUACUCGAAGCCUUAUGCAGCACAUUCGCCACGUGUAUUGAGAGAGCGUCAGAAACUGGUGUUGCUGUCAAGGACGUCUUGAAUCCAUAUGUCGAGAAAACCGGAACUACGGCGAAAGCCGUUGGAAAGGCAAUCUUUGAUUUCUUGAAAAGCCCUUUCUUCACUCAAGUUGCUGUUGAGACUGCUGGUGGUUUAGUCCCUGCGGCUCUUGGAGGUGUCAUUCAAGCCGUUGUAGGAGCUCAGGUGCAAGGCAAUACGAACAAUGCCCAAGCAUGUUCUCAACAGCAGGAUCAGAUUGACGCUCUCAUAUCGAUCGUACAGUCUCAAGUGUCGGCUCUGGAAGCGGCGUCAGCCAAGAUCACAGCUCAACAGAAUGAUGCUGGAGAUGAGGUCUUCACAGUGACGGUCACCGUUGUGGCUUGUGGGACAACUCUUGAAUCCUCCUGCGGUGUCCCUGCCGGGUUUUGCACUUCCUAG